AUGAGUCAAGAUCAGGUCGAUAAAGUCGACGAAUUACUCAAAGGAACCUACAAAUUUUCCUAUCAAUAUUGCGCAUCAGUUGCGGUAAAAUCAAAACAUAAGGCAAGACUUUUAUGAUCUGCCCUAAACACAGUAGAACUUGUUAGAUCUUAUACUCAUCAAAAAUCUCGAACAGUUGCCAACGUGUUGUGGUGAGAUUGGACACGGGAAUUAUCGUCAAAAUAUACGCCGUCUACAUGCCAUCCGAGAAUUAUGGGCCGUAUUUGCUGGAGAAACAUCCGAAUAUCCCCUUUAUUAUAUUGGACUUGAAUGAAAUGAGUAAGCGUAGAGUUUUAUGAGUUGAAUAGAGAUUUUCAGCCCGAAGACUGGAGAUGGGAAGGAUAGCGACGUGCGAGGAAAUGAAGGACGACUUGAAAAAUGCGGAAAAAUGCCCUGUUUUCGUUUUUGGAGACUUCAACAGCCCAUCGGAUAUGGAUUAUAAAGGGUAAAGGAAUGAAAGAAGUGUUGCUCGGGUUUUGAUAAACCUUGACAAGUUUAGAAUAAGAUUUUCUAAGCCUUAUGCGAGAUUUCUAGCUCACGCUUGACAAAAAACCGAGAUUUUUAGGUCAAAAGUUGGAAAGAAUCAAAAUUUUUUUUGCAAAUUUGGGCAUGAAAAAUUUUAUGCUUAUUUCUACUGCAGAAGGUAUUUUUUCCACAAAAAAUUAAUUUUCUCCGCACAAAACUGGGAAAGAUAUAGCCAAAAAGUGUUUUCCUCUCUGACCGCUCUCCGCGUUUCGCGUAGUCUCUCGGUCCCGUAGAUCGUUGAAAAUCUCGGCUGCCCUUGCAAAGCACGUGCGAAAAUUUUUAGGUAUUGAUACGUGGCCUAUGACAGAAAUGUCUGCAAAUUUUUUAACUAAAAUCUGAGCGUUGAUCCAGGGGUACGGUACUUCCCUUGUUAGUUUGACAUGAGAAAGUUUACUUCGUCUCAAAUUGACCCUUGGAACCACCGAAAUUCCUAUUUUUUGACAUUGUUGAAUAACACAAAACAUCUUUUCCGAAAUGAAUAGACCUUCCUGCAAAAAGGUUUUUUAACGAUUUCCUCUGAAAUUUAAAGUGUAAAAUCAACAUUACCACCGUCGUAUUUUAAAAACCACUCAAUUCCUUAAUUUUUAGCCAACUCCGUCCCUACGAGUGGCCUACCACAAAGAUCCUAAGAGCUCACGGUGGCUUCACGGACUCGUUUCGUGAAGCUAACCCUUGCCCAGCCCAAUACCCCGGCCAUUCUUGGGCGACCAUCUACAAAAACAUCCAUGAGAAUGGAACGCCAGGGCGUGAGCCUCAGGAUCGUAUUGACUUCAUUUUUUACAAAGCCGGAACUACUUGUAGAUGCGUUCAAAGCGAACUUUUUGUUGACGAGUACGUUGAGAAACCGAACAUUGUUGAGUACAACGUAUGGCCAUCAGACCAUUUUGCUGUAAUUAGUCGAUUUAACAUGGAUGUUGGGAAAGCGACAACGUCAUCGGUUAGGCAAAGUUUAGUGGAUGGACAUAGUUGUUUGAGGUGUGGACAAAGAUAG